AUUAAUAAAAAGGUUUUGUCUCCCAUUCAUCCGCUCUCCAUUCAAAGUGCUCCCCCUACAGGAGACAUGACAGCACUGCAGGUUUUGCUGCAGCACUUCCUGAAGUACAAAAUAAUCAGCAGUGCAUUUUUUUAAUCGACAUUGAGGUGUAUGCUGUGAGAGCAGAGGACGCAGGAUGGAGGACGUGUACACCCAGGGCAUCUGGAUGGCUGAGAGUCUCCAGCAGAAGACGAUAAAUCACGAGAAGACCUGGCAGGUCGUCACUCACAUGGGAGACCCUAAAGCAGCCUUCCUGCUCGUCUUUCCUUUCACAUAUUUCAUCAGCAAACGAGCCGGAGUCAAAGUGCUCUGGGUGGCAGCUAUAUCAGAGUGGUUGAACCUGGUGUUUAAAUGGAUGCUGUUUGGUGAGAGGCCGUUCUGGUGGAUAGGUGAAUCCCGUCUGUUUGUCAACAAGCAGCCCAAAGUUCAGCAGUUUUCCUCCACGUGUGAAACCGGCCCAGGGAGUCCGUCGGGACAUGCGAUGGUGACGGCAGCAGUCUGGUGGAUCGUGGUGUCCUCGCUGGGGUCGUUCCUGUACUCACGCACUCGCAGUGUGUUGUUAUCAGCUGUUCCUUACCUGCUCUAUGUGGUGAUGCUGGCGGCGGUUGGAAUCUCCAGGAUCUUCAUCCUCGCCCACUUCCCUCACCAGGUUGUCGCCGGCUCCAUUACAGGUUUCAUUCUGGGGAUUGUUCUGGGCCGCAGAGUCCCAGAAGGUCGCCCCCUGCUGUUCUUCUUCUGCCUCAGCAUCGGUCUGCUGUUGGGCACUCUGAUGCUGCACGCCGGACUGCAGCAGCUGGGAAUCAACCUCUCCUGGUCGAUUGCUUUGGCUAAGAAGUGGUGCAGCCAUGCCGAGUGGAUUCGUUUGGACACUGCUCCGUUCUCCUCUCUGACGCGGGACUGCGGGGCCCUUCUGGGUUUGGGCCUGGCCCAGUACUGGAAGCCUGGCGGAUGGUCUCUGCCGUGGGCUCCUCGGGCUCUGUCUCUGGCCUUUUCAUCCAUGGGACUGUAUCACGUCCAUCGUCUGCCGCUCCCGGUCCGACCUCAAGGCCUCUUCUACGGCCUGUUCUUCGUCAAGUUCGUCAUAGUGCCUCAGGUGGUCAUGGUGCUGGUGCCGGGGCUGGUUCACCUGUUCACACACAAGAAGAAGAAGGACUAGACACUGUCUACGCUCCAUGUUUGGGGGUAUCCGUCACACCUUCAAGGACUUUAGCUUCCUCUUGGGUUUCUGUAAGCACUUUAAAUGUCUGUCUUAUAUUGUUCAUGGGUGAGGGUCGUAGUUCAUUCACUUUGAUUAUUUUCUUGUUCUCUUACAUUUCAGCUGGCAGCGGUCUCUAGUCAGUUACUUAAUGUUUUUUUUAUGAGAUUUCCUGGUUUUUCAGUGAGGAGAUUGUAUCAGAUUUUUAAUUUACUGCACAUUUACAGUAAAUCUAUACACGGCAGUAAUAAUAAGUGUUAAUACUACAGUA